GCCUCAAGCUCUUAAAAAUUUGGGAUCACCUAAUUAAUAUCGUGUUCGUAACCAUGGUCGUACCGUCUCCAACUUCGAUGAGAAGCAGGAAGACAAAGGCUGUAGGGAUUCCCGUCAUCGAUCUUUCUCUCGACAGGUCAAUCUUGUCGGAACUAGUCGUCCAGGCCUGUGAAGAUUACGGGUUUUUUAAGGUUGUUAACCAUGGAGUUCCAAUGGAAGUUGUGUCCAAAUUGGAAAAUCAAGGGACUGAAUUUUUCUCCAAACCGGCGGCUGAGAAGAAGAAGGCCGGACCGGCUACUCCUUUUGGUUAUGGUUGUAAGAACAUCGGGCAGAAUGGCGAUAUGGGCGAGCUCGAGUAUCUUCUUCUCCACACUAAUCCUCUCUCCAUUGCUGAAAGAUCCACCACCAUCUCCGACGACCCUCAACAAUUCAGUGGCAUUGUUAAUGGUUACAUAACUGAGGUACGGGCAUUAGCAUGCGAGGUUCUUGAUCUAAUGGCGCAAGGUCUAUGGAUCGGUGAUAGGACCGUCUUCAGUAGGCUAAUCAGAGACGUUGAUAGUGACUCCCUCAUUAGACUCAAUCAUUACCCAUCAAUCAAGGAUUGGGACCCAUCAUCAAAGCUAACCAGAACCGAUGAUCAGAUUGGAUUUGGGGAGCAUUCCGACCCUCAGAUCUUGACCAUCUUACGAUCCAACGACGUAGAUGGCUUUCAAAUCUGCUUGCAUGAUGAUCGAUUCUGGGUCCCAGUCCCUCCUGACCCCACCCAAUUCUACGUCAUCGUAGGUGAUGCCUUACAGGCCUUAACGAAUGGGAGAUUUGUGAGCGUGAGGCAUAGGGUGGUAGCAAACUCGUCGGUAAAGCCAAGAAUGUCGAUGAUGUUUUUUGGGGCGCCGCCGCUUAAUGCAUGGAUCUCUCCUCUGCCAGAAAUGGUGUCACCCCAAAAUCCAAGUCUCUAUAGGCCAUUCACUUGGGGUGAAUACAAGAAAGUAGUGUACUCUCUCCGGCUGGCCAACAACCGUCUUGACUCCUUUAAGCUUCAUCCGGCUGGUGCCGGUGAUCAAAAGUCUGUGACGUACGUCUCAAGGGAGAUGGCCUCGUUAGUUUUGUUAGCAGAAGCACUUUGGAUCCGACGCCAGUCUUGUGAUUGUCUCGAGAAUCUUUCGCUUAGCGAGGAACGAGCAGAGAAGGAGCCGAAUAAAAACAGCAACCAUGAGCUUGGGAAGCGAGGGACUGCGGUUGAUGACAAGCCCCAAUACGACACCUUUGGUCUUGGGAAGGAGGGCUGGAACAUGGCUGAAUUUUGCUGGUGGCCUUAAUUAGUAAGAGUCAUAAGCUUCCGAAUGUUCUUCUCCUAAUUUCACUCUUGAAAUUGUAAAUAUGCAAUUUAUACUUUAAUUAACAUUCUUUAUUGUUAAUAAAAAUGUUUAGUGCAAUCUGUUCAAAUUGUGCUGAACUAUACUAAAUUAAUUUACUAAAU